CCUCUGAUGUAUUUUCAUUUCAGUCGUCUUUUCUGAUUCGCAUGUGAAAGGAACAUUUUUCACAAUCAAAUUUUCGCAAUUUCCGCCGGUAUUUACGUUCGCUCGUAAAGGAUCACAUUGUUUUCUAAAAAGUGCAAGUUACAGUAUUGUUUAGAGCAUGACUCAAAACUGAAAACGGAAACAAAACCACAGAAAACAUCAGGCAUCUCGAAGUUUAGCUUGCCUCUUCCUGCCACUGAUUGUCGUCGCCCCCACUUGGCAGUGGUAUCCGUCGAUUCACCUCCAACCUCCCGCACACGGUCUGGUGUUGCGUUUUUCCUAUCACUCGGAAGUCUCGGAUUGAAACCGUCGCCGCAAUUGAAGCCCAAACGCGAGCUGCACCGUUAGACACGGUGGCAUCGUUUUACUUUUAGUUUUUUAUAUUUUUAUUUUCCUUUUGAGUUGAAUUUAUAAUUUUUGCCAAAAUUGACGAGGAAACGCUGGAUUCCAUUGUCUUCGAAGCGAUGGCUGACAGACUAACCCAGCUUCAGGACACGGUAAAUCAGCAAGCGGAACACUUCUGCAACAGCAUCGGUAUACUGCAACAGUGCUCGGUUCCGAGCAAAUUCCCGGGCUUCGAACGGACCGGUUCCCAGACGCCUCAGCAAAACCAACAGGAAGAUUACGCGCAACUCUUCUCCACAUUGAUCUCGCGAUGCGCCAAGGACAUCGACACGCUAAUUGAAUCUCUGCCCAGCGAGGAAAGUUCCAUCGAACUGCAGGUGCAGGCCCUGAAGCGGCUGGAAAUCGAAAAUCAGGAACGAGCGGAAAAGCUCGAAGAAGUGGUCCGGAAAGGGGAACUUCUGCUCGAGAAGAUCCAGGCGGCCCUGAGUGAUAUCGCGCAAUCCCAGCUCGAUAUGCAGUAUUCGUCGUCGCCCAAAAAGCAAUGACUCUCAGCCACAAAAGCAACAGUUUCCGGCAGUGGACGGAUGGAACCGUGUUUCGUUCGGCCAACUGCCGUUGCAGCCACUGAUACUACCGGUACACCUAGUAACGAAGAGGAAGGAUGCUUCGCGAAGGAAAGCGACAAAUUCUGUUGAUUCUUUUCAGUUUCUUUGUUUUCAAUCAUUACAUUUCGUGUGUGCAUCAAUUGUGAAUUAGUGAUAAUAUUUACAUUUAAUAAACACAUGAAAUAAUUAAAGGCAUAACAAUAAGGUAAUAAUAAAAAAUCGACGUUUAGAAACGCGA